UCAGCCCCCCAGUCUAACUUCAAAAGACAAAAAGAUUAAGGGCUUGUUUUCCUUCUAGAGUUUCUGAAACUGCUUCUGAAAGGCAGUGUGAGUUCACUUGAAAUGAGUAUUUAUUUGUACUAGUUGAAUGUGGGUAGUAUCUUAUUUGGACUUGUAUAUAGUUUGUAAGAUUCCUAAAAUUUCUGGUGAGUUUAAAACGUGGUUUUCUUUGUGUUUUAUGGAACUAGUGACUCUUGCAUCCUACCAGAGGAGUAGAAUUGUAGCCUUCCUAACUGUUGAAUACUUGCUCGUUUGUCUGAUUUACAUUCCAUAGCUUCAUGUUACUAGUAGUGUGGUGUUCAUAUAUAAAGGGAUAGUCAGAUUGUGAAAUCUGUUCCUUCCUUUGUGUUGGAGGGGGAAGGCAUGCAGUUAACUGGCAAGUUUGGAGCCCUUACAGUAAUGAUAGCACAGAACACACGUUUCCAGGGAUAAAAAUAUGAGAUGAAAACCACAAAGUUGAAAAAAUAGUCAGGAUAAAAACUGGUACAUCUAAAUGAUCAUGGUUCUUUGAUAGACAAUACAAUUAAAUGAGAGUGCAUUUCCUGAUGAACUCUUAGGCACCUGGCUCUUCCCUUCUUCUGCACUUUUUUCCCUUCCUUAGUGAAAAUCUUACAGGUGGUGAGAAACACAAUUUUUCCCUUUCUUUUUUUCUUCUUCCAUUAAAUUUUCUGAAUAGAUGUAAUUAUUCAUUUGUAAAAUCUACAACCUAUCCCUCCCAAGAGACAAGCAUCAGGAUGUUAAGAAAUAAUUAAAUAACCUAUUGCUUGAGUUGGGGUGUUUUAAGUUCUUCCUUGUUGACCUUUUGCUCAGCCACUGGUUAGUUAUCCUUGAAAAAAAGUGCUGGAUGCAUACCACAGCCAGCAAACUUGGACAAUAUUCUCAUUAGAUAGAAGCUAUCUGAUAAUGUUCAGCAGAUAAAAGGUUGCCAGGGGAACAAGAAAAUGCAGAUUUACAGAGAAGAAUUCCUUUAGGAAGGGAUCAUUUGUGCUACUUUUUUGUUCAGCUGACAGAAGAGCUACAGCAUGACAAGUUGAUGCUGCAGGACAAGGGGCUGUAACAGUGUAGUUGCAAUAUCAGGCAGUGAAACGGAGGAUGAUGACACUAUGGAUGUCCCACUGGAUCUUUCCUCAUCUGCGGGCUCAGGAAAGCGGCGGAGACGUGGCAACCUGCCCAAGGAGUCUGUGCAGAUUCUUCGGGACUGGCUCUAUGAGCACCGAUACAAUGCUUAUCCUUCAGAGCAAGAAAAAGCGCUGUUAUCCCGACAAACACACCUUUCCACACUACAGGUCUGCAACUGGUUUAUCAAUGCACGCCGCAGGCUGUUACCUGACAUGCUGAGGAAGGAUGGCAAAGACCCAAAUCAGUUCACUAUCUCGCGGCGAGGGACCAAGCUCCCCGAGGGCGGCCUGGUGGAGUCUGCCAUCAGCACAAAGAACUACAUUCCCCUGCUGGAUGAGACUGCCUUCCUUCCCGCCGCUGCGCCGCUCGGCAAAACUGUGCCCUCUUCCAAGCCAGCUUCCCCGGGAUCGGUCCUGGCUCGGCCGUCGGUGAUUUGCCACACGACUGUGACUGCGUUGAAAGAUGCCCCUUUCCACUUUUGCCAGCCGGCUGAUGUAGGCCAGACCACGGACCUGCAGCAGCCCCCGGCUGGCGGCUUCACAGAUAGCCCCCUCUCGUGCCACGAGGACGCAUCCAAACUGGGACCUGGUGCAAACACACAGAGUGGGCUCUUCAACACUCCUCCUCCAACACCACCAGACCUUAACCAGGAUUUUAGUGGAUUUCAGCUUCUGGUGGAUGUUGCACUCAAAAGGGCGGCAGAGAUGGAGUUGCAGGCAAAACUUAUGGCCUAAAUCCCCUUCCUUCUCUUUCCCCGUUUUGUUUUACCAGGCAGGGAUCUAACAGCUGUGUGGUUAUUGCCACCCACACGAUAUCAAAAGACUUCACUGCGUUAUUAUUAUUUUUUUUAUUAAUCUUAUUUGCACAAGGGGAUUGCUGAAAUGAAGCUUCCUGUCACUGAGAUGGUCUUCAGUGGAAUACGGUCAUUCCAAGAAUUACGAACUUAAAGCUACUGUAGAAAGAAAGGAUUGUGUGUUUCGUUGGGAUUUUUUUUUAAUGUUUUCUUUGUAGAUUUUUCAUAAUGUGAGAUGUUUCCCAAGAUCAUGUGAUUUGUUUUGUUUCUUUCAGACUGUGCAAUAUCUAGUAAUGCUAUAGAGUCUUCUUAUCAUUCCCAUGUGGAACGGAAUAUACCGACACGCUGUCUAAAUUUUCAAUUUUUUUAACAAUACAAACUUUGGAUGAUCAUGCUUUUUUUCCCAUAAUAUAAUAAAGUAUUUUCUUUAAAA